AUGACCCUGCGGCGGCUGCGGCGGCUCCGGCCGAAGGAGGAGGAGGAGGAGGAGGAUGCGGCGGCGGCCCCGGAGCCCCCCGGCCCCGCCGAUGUCUACCGGGCACUGGUGGCCGCCGGCGGGACCCUGCCCCGGGUGCGCAAGGGUGCGGGGUUCAGGUGGGCGUCCCCGAGCCAGUCCCCAGAGGAGCACAGGAGGGUGGUGACACUGGAGAAGGCGGCGGAAGAGACCUUCGGCUUCGAGAUCCAGACCUACGGGCUGCACCACCAGGACAGGAACAGCGUGGAGAUGUUCACCUUCGUGUGCCGGGUCCAUAGCGGGAGCCCAGCCGAGGCAGCGGGACUCAAGGCCGGGGACACAAUCACGGGGGUAAACGGGUUCAACGUGGAGGGUAUCCGGCACCGGGAGAUUGUGGAGAUUAUCAAGAGCUCAGGCAACAUGCUCCGGCUCGACACGCUCUAUGGGACUUCCAUCCGGAGGGCCGAGCUGGAGGCCCGGCUGCAGUACCUGAAGCAAACCCUCUAUGAGAAGUGGGGGGAGUACCGCUCGCUGAUGGUGCAGGAGCAGCGGCUGGUUCGGGGUGUAGUGGCCAAGGACCCCAGCAUCUAUGACACGCUGGAGUCCAUCCGCUGGUGCCUGCAGGGUGAGGGGGGGCUGCCCGGCGGCUCCCCCCGCGCCAGCGCCUGCGGCAGCGACGACUCCCUCUACCAGACCUGCCUCUUCGCCUCCGCCGACUCGCUGGAGGGGGGAGACAAGGAUGGGGACAAGGACAAGGACAAAGGGGGGCCCGCGCCCCCCCCGCCGCGCCCCCGGCCAGCCCUGGCCCGUAGCGCCAGCCUCAAGUGCGGCGGGGAAAUGGGGGCCACGGGGCGAUUGUGGGCGCGGGCCAGGGGCCCCGGGGAGGGGGCGGCCGCCCCCCGCAAGAGCCGGCACAGCAGCUUUCACCGGCGGCUGCUCAAAUUCAUCCCAGGACUGAACCGGGCGCUGGAGGAGGAGGAGAGUCACCUCUAGCCGGGGGCACCACUGGUGUCCCCCCAGGCCUAUUUAUUUUAUUUAUUGCAAAGGGCUUCGUGCCCGCCCCCUCUCCCCUGGGGCCACUGGAAGGAGCUCAAGGUCGGGGUCCCCCCCACCCCCCCCCUCCCAAGCCACGGGGGUCGUGGCACCGAGGGACGGACGGACGUGGGGACCCUCCCCGAGGCGGCUCAUGAAGCCACCGCUCAUCUCAGGAAUUGGUGCCCUCCCCGCUUGAGGGGCAUGGGGGGGGGGGGGGCGGCCUGCGUGUGUGUGUCCCCACUCGGGGCGGGGGGGACACACGAUGACGACACACGGGGGUCCUGCCUCCCGCCACCCCGGGGGGCUUUUGUACCGCGCCGGCACGCUCGGCACUUGCUAAUACAGAGACUUUUUGCA